AUGGCGGGCGUCAAGAAGAAGAUCGCCGUUAUGACGUCGGGCGGUGACUCGCCCGGCAUGAACGCCGUCGUGCGCAGUGUUGUCCGCAUGGCCAUCUACAUGGGCUGCGAUGCCUUCUGCGUAUACGAGGGCUACCAGGGCCUUGUCACCGGCGACAUCCGCAAGACCGAAUGGAACGACGUCCGAGGAUAUCUGUCCGAGGGAGGUACCCUCAUCGGAACGGCUCGAUGCAUGGAGUUCUACGAGCGGCCCGGACGACGCCUCGCUGCCAAGAACAUGAUCCUGAACGGAAUCGACGCCCUGGCCAUCUGCGGUGGUGACGGCUCCCUCACUGGUGCUGACAAGUUCCGCUCCGAGUGGCCGUCGCUCGUGGAUGAGCUGGUGUCCAUGGGCGAGCUGAAGGAGGAGCAGGUUGCUCCUUACAGGCAUCUCAACAUUGUGGGACUGGUUGGCUCCAUCGACAACGACCUUUCCGGUACCGACAACACCAUUGGCGCUGCCUCGGCUCUUUCCCGCAUCUGUGAGAUGGUAGACUACAUCGAGGCCACCGCAAGUUCCCACCAGCGUGCCUUCGUUAUCGAGGUUAUGGGACGCCAUUGUGGCUAUCUUGCAUUGAUGGCCGGUGUGGCUACCGGUGCCGACUUCAUUUUCAUCCCCGAGAAGCCCAGAGGCGACAACUGGCAGCAAGAUAUGACUAAGAUCGUGAAGAAGCACCGAGAUUUGGGCAAGCGCAAGACAAUUGUCAUUAUUGCUGAGGGUGCCAAGGAUAUCAAUGGCAACAAGAUCAGUUCACAAAUGGUCGUCGACCUGCUCAAAGACCCCAACGGCCUCAAGCUGGAUACCCGUGCGACGAUCCUCGGUCACGUCCAGCGUGGUGGCCCUGCCGUUGCCGAAGACCGUAUCUUGGCAACACUACAAGGUGUUGAGGCUGUCAAGACCCUGCUCGAGGCUACUCCUGAAUCCGAGACGUGCUUUAUUGCUAUCACCGAGAACAAGAUUGUUCGAAAGCCUCUUAUGGCGGCUGUAGAAGCCACGCAGCAGGUCGCAAAGGCCAUCGAAGCUCAAGAUUUUAAUAAGGCGAUGGCUCUUAGAGAUACCGAGUUUGCAGAGAUGUACAACUGUUACAAUCUGACGACCACCGUUGGCCAAACUGAUAGUGUCAAGUUGCCGGCUAAUAAGCGUAUGCGAAUCGGCUUCAUCAACGUGGGAGCACCUGCCGGCGGUAUGAACGCAGCAAUCAGAGCCGGUGUAGCCUACUGUCUAAACCGUGGACACGAACCUCUUGGUAUUUAUAACGGCUUUGCUGGAUACGUGCGUCACCAUGAUGAUAAGCCGUUCGGUGCCGUGCGUCAGUUCAACUGGGUUGAUGUCGACGACUGGGGCAGGAAGGGAGGCUCUGAAAUCGGAACAAACCGUGAGCUGCCAGAAGAGUCCGGCAUGGACCUGGUCGCAAACUACAUCAAGCAGGACAGGUUCGACGCUCUCUUCCUUGUCGGAGGUUUUGAGGCCUUCCACGCCAUCGCCCAAUUACGAAAGGCCAGGGAACAGUACCCGGAGCUGCAAAUCCCAUUCGUCCUUCUGCCUGCCACCAUUUCGAACAACGUGCCCGGAUCAGAGUAUUCCCUUGGCUCAGAUACCUGUCUCAACGAAUUGGUCGAAUUCUGUGACAAGAUCAAGCAGUCCGCCUCUGCCACACGACGAAGGGUCUUCGUUAUCGAGACCCAGGGAGGUCGCUCAGGUUACAUCGCCACCCUUGCCAGUCUUGGUGUCGGCGCAAGCGCUGUGUACAUCCCCGAGGAAGGUAUCAGCCUCAGCAUGAUCGUGUCUGACAUUGCACAUCUGAAGGAGGUCUUCCGGAACGACAAGGGCCAGUCUCGGGCUGGACGUUUGAUUCUGGUCAACGAGAAAGCCGACAAGCUACUCUCAGCCAAGCUGAUUGCAGACCUCAUCCGCCACGAGGCUGAAGAGCGAUUUGAAGCCCGUGACAGCAUUCCAGGCCACGUUCAGCAGGGCGGUGUCCCUUCGCCUCUCGACCGGCACCGAGCAGUCCGACUCGCAAUCAGGUGCAUGGAGCACCUCGAGCAAUUCGGACCUGCCUCCACUAUCAAGAACGAUCCCAUGACCGCCGCGGUCAUCGGAAUCCAGGGCGCUGCAGUAGUCUUUACUCCAAUGGAAACCCUCGAGGCAGAUCACACCGACUGGAAGAACCGCCGCCCCAAGGCUGCCCACUGGCGUGAACUGAAGGACAUCUCUGAUAUCCUAGGCGGGCGGCCCGUUUACGAAAAGCCUCACGAGGCCCUUAAGGGCGCCUUUGCCAAAGAUGCCAAACGUGGGCUGAUCCCAGAAUAA